AUGCAAAAGGAGGCGGGUUCUCAGAUGACGCUGCUUUAUGCGGCUUCCCGAGGCUACGAUGCUCAGGUCGGACAGCUGAUCAACAAAAAAUCAAUCGUCGAACGGGACGACCAGGGCAACACUCCCCUUCACCUGGCCUCCGGUGCUGGUCACGUGGCGGUGGUGAAGCAGCUCGUCAAGGCCGACGGCGUCGAUCUCAACGCCCAGAACGACCAGGGCAAGACCGCUUUGCAUCAGGCCGUGUGGCGUAACCAGGCCGAAGUCAUCAAGCUCCUUCUCGGCGCGUCGGCGCGUACCGACGUGAAGGACAAGGACGGCCGACUCCCACGCGAUCUCGCGCGCGACCGCGACAUCAAGGACCUGCUCCCCAAGCCCGAAGGAGACAACGAAGACGCCUGGGACCUUGGCGAUUCGGACAGCGACUGA